AUCUAGCUAGGCCAGGCCACAGUCCCAGAUCCCACUCUAACCCCACCUCUUAAAAACCAGACCAAACCCGAAAGCUACAGGGAAAACAUACAGGCGCAGCAGCAGCAGCAGCCGCCGCCUGCGCCUGCGCGCCCUAUCUACACCUCCUCCAAUCCCUGGCUCGACCGCCCAAUGCAGCAGCCCAAACCCGCGGAUCCGCCGGCCCGGCCCUUCCCGCCGCCUUCCCCGCCCAUGGCGGCGGCGGCGGCCACGGCCAUGCGCGGGGCUCACCACCGCCGCGCCAGAUCUGAGGUCGCCUUCCGCCUCCCGGACGACCUCGACAUCGCCGGCGGCGCCGACGGCGACGCCUCCGCGGGCUUCGACGAGAUCGGCUCCGAGGACGACCUCUUCUCCACGUUCAUGGACAUCGAGAAGAUCUCCUCCGGCCCCGCCGCGGGCUCAGACCGCGACCGCGCCGCCGAGACCUCCUCCCCACCGCGCCCCAAGCACCGUUACAGCAGCUCCGUCGACGGCUCCGGCCUCUUCUCCGCUGCCGGCAGCGCUGCGCGGAGGGACGCUGCUGCCGCCCAAGCGCUGGCCGACGUCCUGGAGGCCAAGAAGGCCAUGUCCCCCGAGCAGCUCGCCGAGCUCGCAGCCAUUGACCCCAAGCGCGCCAAAAGAAUUCUAGCAAACAGGCAAUCUGCGGCUAGAUCAAAAGAACGGAAGGCUCGUUAUAUGACAGAACUUGAGCGGAAGGUUCAAACUCUUCAGACUGAAGCGACCACUCUCUCAGCCCAGCUCACGCUUUUUCAGAGAGAUACAACUGGGCUUUCUUCAGAAAAUGCAGAGCUCAAGAUAAGGUUGCAGGCCAUGGAGCAGCAGGCUCAACUGCGUGAUGCUCUGAAUGACGCACUGAAGCAGGAAGUGGAGAGGCUCAAGAUGGCUACGGGUGAGAUGUCAAAUUCCAGUGAUGCAUAUAGCAUGGGAUUGCAACAUGUCCUAUACAACUCGUCCUUCUUCCCGCAGUCCCAGCAAAACACAGCCCAGCACCAGGGGGGUGCUCGGUUUCCACCCCCAUUCCACCCGCCUCAUCCUAAUGUACCAAACCAUCAGAUGCUGUCCCACCCAAACACACUGUCAGAUAUCAUGCAACAAGACCAUCUUGCGCGGCUCCAGGGUUUGGACAUCAGCAAAGGGCAUCCAGUUGUGAAGUCAGAGAGCAGCUCGAUCUCUGCCAGCGAAAGCAGCAGUACAUUCUAACCAGGCCUACCCUGAUUGAGCACUCAGUUUCAUUAGGUCCCUUUGUUCAUAGCCUGACAUCCUUGUGCUGUUUCUGGUCCUGUAAACUUAAUUUUUCAUUCCAUUUGUUCGAUUUUAGUUGAAAUUCGUUGUAAUCUCAGUUGCUGAUUUUUGUAGACACGGUCCCUGGGUUCCUCCCACCUGUUUGUUUCGGGUUCAUUUUCUGUGUGCUUGAUAUGUUGUUUGGGAUUAUAUUGAGAAACUAGGAGGAGCUUCCUCCCAGAAUACUGUGUUGCUGUUGUUGGGACUGACUAUUUUUGUUGUCAGAACGGUUUGAAUUUGUGAUGUUCAUCA